AUGACUGACGUCAGUUCCACCAAUGAAAACAAUGGCAGCAACAACACGUUCCAGGCGUCAAGGACAAACCUGCGAGGUAUGCAUAGACUAGUUACAAUACAUGAAGGACGCAAACCUGACAGCAGAGCCAAGUACCAGUACUACAGCACAGAUGAUAUGAGAAGGAUAAUCUUAAUCCUGUUGCAUUUGAGUGGGUUGGCACUGUCGCUUGCUCUGUCCUCUACUACGGUUCUCCAGACUGCAACGGUAGCUCGUCCUGCCUCCAUUAUUGAAACCGGUACCAGUAACCCCUACGCCUCUCAAGUCCUUCGUUGGCUCGAUUCCGAAGGUAUAUCAUGGAAGUUUGCCCAUGACAAAAUUCCGGUUCUCUGGACGAAUCACUGCAAAACAAGCACCUUUGUCGAGUUGGAAAAGUCCUCCAUUCUCCUUCAUUUGAUUCCCACACCAAAAUCGUUGGACGAAUCUCUGCCACCCACAUUGAAUCGCAAACUGACCGAGUGGACCACACUGACUAGCAGCAGCAGUUUUCGAAAAGUGAUCCACCUCCACGAGGACAUUUGGAUUCAUAAACACGACAUUUGCAAGGCCCGAUUGCUCGUGCAAUCCUUGGCGAAAGCUCCCAAACGUAUUUUUGCCCGCAAAACCACCGCACGCCGUUUUAACGCCACGAAUGCCAGGGCAUUUCUAACGGCAAACCAUUUGUGGGGUGCCACCAAGGCGAGGUAUUAUUAUGGAUUGUUUCUGAAAGAGGAACUCGUGGCCGUGGCAACCUUUUCCAAGUGUCGCAAAGUGCAACGAAUGUGCAAUUAUACUACUAUUAAUAAUAUCACGAACCAGCAACAAGACGACAAUCAGCAACAGCUACAAUUGUACAAUGAAACCUUUCACUCGUAUGAACUGAUACGAUAUUGCUCGCAAAAGGACAGUACAGUCGUCGGAGGAAUUUCCAAGCUUUUGAAACAGUUUGUCCGAGACCGCCAAGCCGACCAUAACAACAAUAACAAUAUACCCAUGGAUAUUGUCACCAUGGUGGAUAGAGAUUGGGGAGCCGCCACUGGCUGGGAAGCCUCACUCCCGUUUCAAACCAUGUCCAUAUUGGAUCCUCUGGUCAUGGCAGUCAACCCAAACGAACCGGGGCAACGGCGAUACUUGGUCGGAGCCGGAUUGCAGCAUGAUAAUGACAAUCAAGAUGAAGAGGUCCAGCGUCGACAACGACAAUCCGGGCUAAGACCAAGGUUAGGACUCUCCAAAGAUACCUUGAUGGAUUUAAACAACCUGUCAAACCCAACGCAAGCAUACCAGCGACUGGCCAAGGAUCAUUUAUACCCCGUAUUUGAUGCCGGGGUGGAGCGGCUGUACAUGCUUGUACCGCCACAGCAGCAGCAGCAACAAGCAGCCUUUUUGGAUGCCAAGGUGCUCUGGCAAACCGCCAAGCCCAAGUAUACAACGCGAUACUAUUCCAGCAAUUCUGGCAUUGUAUCCUUGCUGCAACAUGCCGCGAUUGGAUCACCUCCGUUGGAUGCCCCUUUCCAUGCCACUGCCAUGAAAUCAUGGCGGGAAACAACGGCGGAUUCCUCCGAGCUCAUCUUUUCGCAAAUGUCGUCCAUGGACCCAGAGGCUACCAUUGAAGUUUGCCAGAGGGAACAAGGAUGGAGAACCAUGAGGUUUGUCAAGCCAAAAUCAAAGUCUACUCGUAGCAAAGUCUCCAGCAUUUACCACAGUAUCUACAAAGUCAAUCCCAACACUGGCCGUGUGGAACCCGAAAUUGUCAUUCAAGAACAUCUCAAAACCAUGGCUGUUUUGAGUCUCAUGGCAGAAUCAGAUGAUGCACAGGAUAAAAAGGAUCUUCGUUUCCUUCAUUUCGGAUAUGGAGCCGGGACGCUUGUGCGCUUGCUCGCUCAUCACGCCAGCAACAGUCAGCAUGUAGCAGUGGAAUUGGAUCAAGCGGUUGUGGACGCAGCAACAGUUACAAGAAUGCAUCAUGAUGAUGAGUUGCCAAACGUAUCCAUUAUUGCGCAAGAUGCAAUCCAGUAUGUGCAGGCAGGUACUACUAUACCACCCCACGAGCGGUUUGAUUCCAUUUGCAUUGAUGUCUUUGACGAGAAUAAUUUUGUUCCAGAAACGCUUUAUGCAACGAGCUUCUUGCAACGACUCCGGAAAGAGGUUUUGGCAUCUGCUGGUCUGCUGGUUUGGAACUUUCACAGUGGCGGUAAACGACGUACACGGGUCAUGGCGGACGCAUUCCAAGCUGUUUCUGCCGUGUUUGGUGAGACCCACUGUUGUUGGGUUCCGUCACUGGAUAGCACGCCCACUGGAGGCAAUGCCAUUCUUGUGGCAUGCAAGAAGGCUCCGCUGCCGGUGGAUGGGGAUGGCAACAUUUCAUUGACAAGAAAUGCAUUGGCUGCUCAAACCAAGUAUAAUCUCAGUUUUGACGCAGUGGCAAGGGUGCAAUUUGCGACAAGCACAGAAUAA